AAUUUUUUGCUCUAUUCAAAGUGAUAUAUGGAUUGAAUCAAUAGUCUAUUUAAUUAGUCAAUCAUUGAAAAGAAACAAAGGAUUUUCCAAUCAAUUAAUCGGAUAAACAGUUAAUUUAAUCAUUAAAAUUCAAUCAAAGGUACAAAUCAUGUUAAUAACUUUGGUACUUUUACUUUCAACGGGAAGCCUGUUACGUGUGGAGUCUCAUCAAUCAUCUAACCUCACAUCAUCAUCACCACCAUCAUCAUCAUCAUUGAACCGCCAAUAUCAUCAAUCUAUUUCCACUCAUCAUUAUGUACCAUCUUCAUCAUCAACAAAUGGUGGAUUAAGUCAUGGUCAUCCAACAGCAGUUGCCCGGCGUAAUCUACAACAACCAUCACAUUAUCAACAGCACCAUCACCAUAAUCAGCAACUUUCUGGUCCCUCAUCUUCAACAACACCAGGACUCCUUUCCUCCAAUGGUAAUUCAAAUGUUGGAUCAUCUUUAAUCCGUCGUUUUUGGCCUAAUCCACCUCAGUCACAUUCUUCACCAUCAUCUGGACCCUCUUCUUCUAUUAUCUCUUCCCUGGCACCAAUUUCAUUCCUUGAACGUCGUCCCUCUUUAUUCCGUGGAUCUAGAGCUGAACCUGGAUUUCUUGAUGUUCUCGAAUCGGCUGCCCAAGAGAUUAGAGUUCUUCCCGGUAGUGGAUCACUUCGUGGACCUCAUUCUUCACCACCACCACCACCACCACCACCGCCUCCACCUCAUCGACACAAUCGUCAACUUGGUCAACGACCAUCUAAACCCGAGAUGACCAUCACUGAAUUGAAAGACAUCUCUCAGAUUCCAAAAAUUUUGCGAGCAGUUAAAGAUCGUAUCCAAUCAAUGCCAGGCCUUAAAGCUUUCCUCUUGACGAAAGACGGACCAUCAGGCCCUAAAAUUAAACCUUCCAUUUUACUUACCGCCCCAGAAGAGUAUUCAAGUAAACCUGGACAAUUAAUAUGGCGACUUCUCAAUUCUAAAUCAACCAAAGGUUCAACCAGUUUUGCCAAAAGUUUAUCCUCACUAACAUCACGUUCACGUUACCCAUCUCAACCUCAUUCUUCGGGCUCAAUUUUAUCUUCACCACCACCACCAUCACAACAGCAACAAUCAUCACCAUCACCUAAUUCACCCUCGUCUGGUCCCCAAUCACAAUCAGAUAAAUACGCAUUCAUUGAAGUUCCAAGUGCCAUUGAUCUUGAUGGAACCUCACCUUUCUCAGAAUCACCUUUUCCAAAUGAAAAUAUCAUCAUUAACACUUCAGAGCAAACGGAAUCAACACCCGAUGAGAUUUUAAUUGAAUCAAGUGACAAUCAAAAUGGUAACAAUGUCAAUAAUCAUAUUGGUAAUUCAAUUGGAAAUACUAAUAAUCAGAUUAACAAUAAUUUCAACACUUUAAAUGGACCCAUUCAAACAGCGGAAUCAAUUGCCGAGGCUAUUGAAGAGAUACCUCGAACUUAUUAUUAUCGAGACACAACUGAACCUAAAGGCUAUCACCAUGGUCCUUCCGGUGAUUAUCUUCAGGCCACUUCGUCCAUUCGUGAUAACUCAUUUUCUUCAAGUCCAUUUACCGUUAAUGAACAUGUUCCACUUUCACCCGUUCACAAUGGUUGGAUUCCAAAGAAUAGUAAACAUUGGAGUCCUGGUGCCUAUCGAUCAGCAUUUUACACACCCGAUACCCGAUUGAUUAAGUUCACAAUUCACGAUCGAGUCUCUGGUUCAGCUAAACAAUCAGCUUCACCUUCAAUCCCAAUUGGAACCUACAUUCAUCCCUCAUUAUCAAUCAAUCCAGUUAAAAGUAAAAUUAACAACAACAACAAUCAGCUUAAUGUUAAUAAUAAUCAAUUAAAUAGUGUUAAUAGUAAUGUAAAUAGUAAUAGUAAUAAUUAUCAACAAUCAAACAGUAGGAAUAGUCUCUCAAGUAAAUAUAAUAAUAAUGAUUAUUUUAAUCAUCCAUCACUAAUUGAAGAAAGUUAUAAUAUUAAUGAUGAUGAAUUAAUUAAGACAACAACUACAACAACAACAACAACAACCUCACCAACAACAAUUACAACAAUAACAACACCCAAUUCACCACCUUCAACAAUUAACAAGGUACCAAUUGUUGCUACUUUAACACCAUCAUCAUCAUCAUCAUCAUCAGAUGACCAAUUAACAACACCACCAUCAUUUUUAACCAGUCAACAUGAUAAAUCAACAGAAUCAUCAACUCCAAUCACAACAAUCAGACCAUCAGCAUAACAAUUAUAAUUAAUAUUAACAACCACCGGCUGAUUGUAAUUCCGUCACUUUUUUUUUACAAAUCUCCUCAUUAACUGUAUUAAUAAUUGUUAUUUUAUUCAUCGUCAUUCAUCUUCAUCUCUUAAUCAUUGAGUUAAUUGUUUACCAUCAUCAUCGUCAUCAUUUAAUUGUACAAUGUUGUUUCACUUUUAAUAAUAUAUAUAAAUUAAUAAGAAAAACUUUUUCUUCCAAGUAAGAAAAUGAUAAAUUUCAACAAUUUCUCCUUGAGAUUUAAACAAUUUGUUAACAACUUUCGUUGUUUUUUCAUCCUCAUCACCUUUUUCAAUCAUCUUCAUCUUCACCUAAUUGUUACUUUUGUGAUUCUCAUUAAUUGUUACAA